CGUCCGACGGCUGGCCAGGCGGCGCCGGCUAAUCGGAGCAAGGUCGAGUCUGGGGAAGAGGGCAGGGCAGCUCGCCUGGACGGCAGAGUAGUCCAGCAGUGUGACGCCGGAAUUGCCAGCACGCAGGCAGAGGGUGAUGCUGCGACGUUCAUGCGGUCAUUGCGUGCGGUGCGCGCGGAGGGGCACGAGCAGACAUCACAAGGCUGGGGGCGAGCUGCAGGCGUGGCUGAGGCUGCCAAUGCGGGCGACCCGGGGCGAUUGGGUGUCGAACGCGCGGGGAAGCGCUCGGCGCGCGUGGCGUGUGCGGCCGGGGGUGACGUCCACGCGGAGCAAAGGAACGUCGAUGGUUGGAGUCGUGGGGGAGCGUCACGUGACCGUCCGCGCGCUUCCAGCACCUCACGCGUCGAACUUCGUCGCCGGGCGAUGCCGUACUGUCGCGCCACGACCUCGCCAUCCCACGCGCUCCAACUCUUCAGCCGACGAGGCCGUCUGCUGUUCCCGGCACCGGGACGCCGUUGCGCAUGCCACUCCGCAGAGCCGCGCAAAUAAUGACGCCGGCCGCGAACCGAUGACGGAUCUGCUGCAGGUGCUGCCCGACUUUGAUGCGCGGCCGUAUACUCACCUGCUGCCCUCGCUCGACAAGGCCCUGAUCACCACCAACGACCUGCUCACCCUCGAGCCCGCCGAUGCAGCGCGCCGCGCCCAGCUGCCGCCCGGCGACCUGAGGAGGCUCGUGGACGCCGUCGUGCGUGCCCUGCACGCCGACCUUGGGUUCGGAGGAGAGGAAGCCUGCGGCAAUUCUUUUCUGUCUGCGUCUGGCAGUGCGCGCGCCGAAAAGGGCGAAGGGGGCGGUAUCAGCACCUUGGAUGAAAAGCUUGACGCGGGCCUCGGCGGCGGCAUUCGUCCUGGCUACCUGGUCGAGGUCACUGGCGAGAGGUACGGCACUCACCCAAUCUAGCUCUCGACGUAGUACAAUGCACCGUCUCGCCGCAUAGACCCCCAAUCUAUCGCUAUACCACGCGCAUGCGGAGACUUUACCGUUCAUGUACAGUGCUGACAGCUCGCAGUGGCGCCGGUAAAACGCAGCUACUCCUCACGCUGCUGCUGGCCGCACAGCUCCCUCCUCCGCACGGCCUCUCCAAGUCAGCCGUCUACAUCUCCACCGAAGCACCGCUCGUUACCAAUCGCCUCACGCAAUUGCUCUCUGCCCAUCCCGCCCUCGCCUCGCUACCGCCCAAGGAGAAACCGUCCCUGUCGCGAAUACUGAGCAUCCAGACCCCCGAC